AUGAACUCAUAAAACAACUAAAACAAGGAUAAGCAACGCAGAAAUGCUUGUAUUGUUAUUUCAUCACGGGGUCAUGUUGAAAACAGUCUCAAAGGCGAUGCCUUAUGUAAUCCAAUAGAAGCCCGGCACGCGAUCUGGGUCAUUCACGGCAUAGGAACCAACCACCUGUCGUCAUUGCAGGUACACUCUCUUACGUUAGUAGGACACCAGCCCGAUACCUAUUCAACGAACAACCACAGUACUGCUUCAAUACGGGUAUUCUAUUAUGUUCACGGAUAUAUUUGCCUAAGUGAGCAACAAAGAACACUCGUACGAAUUGGUUGGUACGAGUUACGCUAUUAGCGAAAUAGAGUGGUCGCCAGGCAGCGACCGCCUCUGUCCUUGAGAAUAAAACCAGCAACUACGAACUAAGGAUUAUACCAGAGAGAUAAUUGUCUUCCCACGUUACAUACCGUACAGAACCGUAACAUCAACGCGAUCGAGAUACCAGGAUUCUCCCUCCCAUAGCCCACUACUUUGAGCAACAAAACCCCCGCCGAAAACGACCCCGCGAUAGAACACCAACCAUGUCAUCCUUCAUCGUCAAGCUUUGGGAGGACAUUUUUACCCCAGGCCCGACGCCCACCAUCCUCAAGGCCGCGAAUGCCUCCUUUGCCGCUCUUCAAACCGUACUAUUCUGUCUCCUACUUGCGACAUACAAUAUCCACUGCGUCAUUCUUUCCAUCCUCUGUGGCGGCUUGUGGUGGAGCGUCAACUGGUUUGCCGCCGAGCUUGCCAUCGCCCAACGAGAGCAGCGUGAAAAGGAGGAGAAAGAGAAGCAACAACAAAAAGAGGUGUCGGGUCGCGAUGGCGAAGACAGCGAGACAGAGGUCGAGACGACUGUCCCGAGCAAGCCGUCUCCCGUUGCCGCGACAACCUCUGCCGUUGCUGUAGCUGCUGCUGGAGUCGAGUCUCUUCAGUCAAAGGGCGAAGUGAAGCAACGUUCUGGGGCUACGGGCACACAAUCAAGUGUUAGUACGGAGGACGAGUGGGAGAAGGUAUCCGAAGCUGAGAAUGAGAAGGACAAAUAGAGUCACUGUAUACGGGACACCAAUGCAGACUAUGAAGUGGGAUGGUACGGAUGCGUUGAUGAUUACAGAGAAAGAGACGACACUGGAGGAGGAUACCCCUUGCGACAUCUGUGAUUUCUGGCGUGUAUGUGGUUAGCGUAGUCACAUCUUUCUAUCUUAGAUAUCAAUCAGAGCCGAACUACUCCGUAUGGUGAUGAACUCUACGUCAUGCAUAUAUCAUGAUUAUUGACACGCUCUGCACUCAUACCGCACUUCAAAUACAGCUACGACUCAACUAUAUGAGUCUCGAGCCCAGCUGGCAAUGACCACUGCGCCAAUACACCAAAAAAUAAAUAAAUAAAUCCAACCCCA